AUGGUGAAUAAAAGAAAGCAAAAGUUGAUUCAAAAUAUCAGAGGACAAGAAUUGAGAGACAAUGAUCUUCAAGAUGAACAUGAAUCACAUGAUAUAACAUCACAUUCACAAUUGGAUACACAAAAUGGUGCACUAGAACUAGAUCAAAAUGAGGAGUUUACUGAGGAGAUGCUUACGUCUCAAAGGCAACAAAAUAGACGUGGGAGGACAGUGAUGAGGGAUGUGCAUGCAUUAGAUCCUGAUGACGUACUUGUAUUGCAAUUUAAUGAAAGAGGCCAGUCUUAUGGGGAUAUACAACCAGUUCUUGCCAAUUUUGUAGGUACUAUCGCUAGAAAUGGGAACUUGUUGCCCCUUAGUUUUCUUGAUUGGAGAAAGAUGCCGAAAAAAUGCUUGAAUGAUGCAUGGAGAAAAGUGACUGCACAUUUUGAUUUUCCAGAUCGCCAUCGAGAUGUUAUUAUGCAAAUGAUGGGGGCAGCAUGGAGGCGAUGGAGGACUGAAAUCAAAGCUAAGUCUUAUGAUCCGAAUACUCCAUUGGAUGAGCUUGUUUCCAUUCGUCCAGUUCCUCAAAAGUUAACUCCUGAAGUUUGGGAUGCACUGUGCCAUUACUGGAACACUAAUGAGAUAUUUCAGGAAAAGGAGAGAAAACCUACUCGCAUUGAGAUAAUAAAAAUAAGUCGUCGAAGUAAAAAGAGAGGAGAUGCUCCUGUUGAUGAUGAAGUGAUCCUAGUUGAGCCUUUACUAGAUGAAGCUGUGCGGCAACGACUUCAAGAUAAGCCUGAGGUAAGUCAACCUACAGAAGUGCAUGAGGACGCAUUUCUGUUAUAA